AACCGAGAAUGAAUUAACUAUUUUUAGUACAUUGACGUAUAUGUUAACAGAAAAAUCAUUCGGCCGGCGACCGGCCAAAUAAAUUUUUAAACCGUUCAGUAAACAUCGGCGAAACAAUCGACUCCCUUAUCUACCAGGUAGAGGGGAAAACUGCCCCGAGGGGAUUAGCUAGUGUAAUUAACGAUAACAUUUCCGACGUUGACAUAACAUUACAUCAUACACACAUAGGAAUAUAGACACAGUCAUCGAUUUACAACAGUGCGUAGCGAGUUUUACAAGGAGAAAAGGAUGUGUACAACUGACAAAGUGAAAAUGAAGGAUUCUAAAUCCAAGAAAAAAAUACGAGUUAAUGUUCAUCUGACCGACGAUUAUUUUCAACUAGAGAAUCCGGCCGAUGCAGAUCCACAGUUAAAGCCACCUGAUAAAGACAGCAACUCACGGUUUCUCGAGAAAAUCGUGUUUGUGUUAACAUCUGUGGCAGUUAUAUUGCUGACCCACGGGCUUACCUGGGCUCACUGGCUGCUGCCUUUUAUUUAUGCCACAUCUACACCCAUUCUUGUCGGAAUCAAGACAAUUUGCUAUUGGAGAUACAAAUGGCAGUAUUUUAUGGUGGAUUUUUGCUAUUUUGCAAAUACGCUUACAUUAAUAUAUCUGUGGUUUCCCGGCGAAGAAGAUUUGUUUCGUGUCGUGUUUGCCCUUGCUAACGGACCUGUACUGGUUGCGGCCGCUGUGUACCGGAACUCACUGGUUUAUCACCAUCAUGACAAAAUCACAUCUUGCUACAUACAUUUUCUUCCAGCUUUACUCACUUUCAGCAUACGAUGGUUCCCGGAAUCAACUUCAAGAUUUUGGAUAAAACCUUUCAUCUCAGACACUCCCGCCUUUGAUAUUGUUUGGUUGUAUGCAGCACCUUUCGCUUUCUUCUUUCUACAUUCAGCACUGUACUGUUUGAUAGUUAACAUUGUGGUGCGACCGAAGGAGCCGUAUGUAACAAGCUACAGUUACCUCGCUGAUAAAUACGACAGACUGAAUUGUAUAGGUGGACCUUGGGGUCAAGGACUUGUUUUUUACGCUAUGAAUUGGCUGUUUUGUUUGUCCUCUUUACUACCUGCUCUGCUGGCGUACACGUACUUUCCCGUGCACUGUGCCCUUUUAGCGCUCGUGUUUCUGGUUGUCCUGUGGAAUGGAGCCAGUUACUAUGUACACGUGUUUAGUGAACGAGGAUUUAGUACAACAGAAUAAAACAAACAGGGAAGUUAUAGUGUGGACAUAAUCCAGUGAUGUAAAAAAAGGCGAACAAUCAAGUCACGUCAACGAAAUGCAGUAACCGGUAAAAUGACAGAUGGUGGAGGUAUUUGUGCAUGACAUACAUUUUUAGACUGCUUUUUGCAAUUAUUUUAUCUGGUCAUUUCUUGUGUUGAUUACAACUGUAGUGUUUUAAUACUCGUAUAUCAUGCAACAUUUGUUGCAUUAGUACUUUUAUACACUUACACUCUUGCAAAUUACACAGAAAUACAGCGUACUUAUAAACCGGAAAUAUGGAAUAAGACAAGAGGCAAUUUCAAACGUAACGGAAGCUUAUUACAAUUGCCCCACGUCCAAUUUCCACUGUAUUUGUUGAUUUUGCAGCUAGAUCUACCUCUUAGACAGUAAAGGGGAAAAUAAUUGAUUUUGAGAAUUCAAUCGAACGUGACAUUUAUUUCGACUAAGAUUUUUAAGUUGUUUUGUUUACCUAUGGCUGGUUUUACGUCGUGUUUUUUCUCCAGUAUUAAUACAUUUUGAUCUCUUAUCUGAAUUUCUGUUAACGAGCGUUUGCUUUAAUUUCGAAGACUACAUAGAUAUACAUAAUACAAUCGUUACCGUAAAGUUUUGAUCUUAAAAGAAAGCAGGAUUUGACUGUACUUUUGGCUUAGAAGCAGACUGAUCUGCCGUUUCAGCAUGAGGAUUUAGAGGGUUUGUGUUUUUACUUACUCAGUCUGUUUGAGAUUCAUUCUAAUCAACCUAUCAUCAUUUAUUGAAUUUUUGUUUUGUAAGUCAUCUUCAUCCAGUUGAUUCUUUCGGAGGUUUUAUAUAUGAAACAUAAAUCUGGUCAAGUUGAAGGUAAAAUUUGGUCCCAAAUACUUAUAAUAUCUUAUCCACUUGGCAUGUAAUCAGUUGAAAUACCUAGCCGAGUUACAUGAUUUCUAGAUAAGAAACUUUGAAGAAUGUGACUUCAUGUCUUGGUUUCCAUAUUUUCACUAACUAUAUUUAUACUGACUUUUACUUUCUUAAUCAAUUCGUCAAAAAAAAAACAA